GAAUGCGGCGGUAUCCGGGACUGCGAGCGGGCGGGCCACUCAGGACAGGAAGGUGAGACCCGGGGCUGCUCGGCUUGGCUGUCAGGCUGGCCCGGCGUCCGGCCGGGAGCCGAGCUCGGGCCUCUGCAGGCCAAGCCUGGCGCCACUGCCCAGCUCAGCUCGGCGGCGGGUGCAGUGGGGGGCGGGCCCGGCAUCUCCAGGUGGUUCCCCCCGCCUGGGGCUCCGGAGGGCGACGGGGCCCGCCGCCGCCGCGUGACCAGCCGUAGUCACGCUGAGCUUAAUCACUACUAGCUCGUGCUCCCGCCGCCGCGCUCACCUUCUUCAGCUGCGCGACCCAGAGGGUUUCUCUUAAGGUGGCUUGUUCUGAAAUGCCAAAGGCACCUGACUGUUCAGAACUGAGUGACUCUUGCUCGCUUGCAGGGGGAACAGGAAGAUUUUCGGGACCACUGCACAGAGCAUGGAGAAUGAUGAACUUCCGUCAGCGGAUGGGAUGGAUUGGAGUGGGACUGUAUUUGCUAGCAAGUGCAGCAGCGUUUUAUUAUGUUUUUGAAAUCAAUGAGACUUACAACAGGUUGGCUUUGGAACACAUUCUGCAGCACCCUGAGGAGCCUCGGGAAGGAACCACAUGGACACACUCCUUGAAAGCUCGGUUACUUUCCCUGCCCUUUUGGUUGUGGACAAUUAUUUUCUUGAUUCCGUACUUACAGAUGUUUUUGUUCCUUUAUUCUUGUACGAGAGCGGAUCCCAAAACAGUGGGCUACUGUAUUAUCCCCAUAUGCUUGGCAGUUAUCUGCAAUCGUCAUCAGGCAUUUGUCAAGGCUUCUAAUCAGAUCAGCAGACUACAACUGAUUGACACAUAACACCCAUCACCGGUUUCCCUUAUUGUAAGACUGCCAGCACUGUAUAGUGGCUGACCACAAGACUGCAGUUUCUUCACAGGUCUCAGGAAGUUGUGGUGGAACGAGACUUAAAAAGUGACAAGAGGACUGACUACUUUAUCUGAAUAAUGACUUUUUAGGUAAAGCCUGAAAUAUAGUACUACACAAUCAUGUUGAUGACUUCAGAGUUUGGAAGUAAAAUAGUGGCUUGUAACCUGCAGUCUUUAGAAACUUGAAUAAGCGCCUGAAUUUUUUUAUUUCUAUUCUAUGUGCAACAUAGUAUGAUUCAGAAAUUUUUCCAUUGGGGAAAAUAUUUCCAUUGUGUUAAAUGUAAAAAGGUCUGACCAUGAUCAUAAAAUUUAAAUUUUAUACAAUUACUUUGCUUGCUUUAAAAAUUUUCAGACUAAGACACUAAUCCUGCUUUCAGUUUACAUGGAAUUGGUAGAAAAUUAAUGAGAUGGCUAUCACCUUUCUGUUUUUUUCGGGGGAGGUGGGUAGGUAGGGGAGAGUGCUGGGGAUAGAAUCUAAGCCUUUGUGCUUUUCAAGACAGUUACUCAGUGUGCCCUGGCUGUCCUGGAACUUGCCCUGUAGAUCAGGCUGGCUUCAAAUUCUUGCCUGCCCCUGCCUCCCCAACAGCUGGGAUUAAAGGUUUGUGCCACCACCAACCCAUUGCUUUUUGUACUUUUACCACUGAAUUACAUUUCCAGCCAUGAUGAUGGCUAUUUAGAUACACAGAAUUUGUUCUUUUCUUUUUGGGUAAUGGCUAUCUAAACCACUAAUCUAUAGUUCUUUGAAAAACUAUGUAGGAACUGAACAGAUGAAAUGGUUGAAGUCUAGAAAUAACACAGACACCAGGUGUACCAGCACAGAUCACUGAAGAGAUAUUGUUCCUUUCCUGGGUGAAAUCAGGGUAUCCAGUGGUAGUAGUACUAACACAUUUCACACCAUUUUAAUAACCAUGGCUUUUGAGUCAUUGCUUUAGAGCUACAACAACAACCUUAUGAAUGAGAGCAGCACUUUAGCCUGAUGCAGUUCCUCACCACUGACACAACAUCCCAUGCUGUGUACAAACAUCAACUAUUUACCUGUGUAUACUGACUCAUACCAAAAAUGAAAAUGAGUUUUAGUGAAGGUUUUUUUUUUUCCCAAAUUGUACCAUCUGGGAGCUUUUUGUGGUGCUAAAGAUCAAACUGACAUCCUCGAACAUACAAGCCAACUCUUAACUACUGUGUUGUAUAACCCUAGUCCUAAAGUUUCUCAGCAACCUCACUAACUGCUGUAUUUGAACAGAGAGGCUAAAAUUCCAUGGCAAAAUUUAAUCUUUUUUGGUUGUAUCUCAAAAGCAUCAGAAUCUACUUUAUGAACUCCUGGUGGUGGACCAUGCCCUUGAUCAUGCUAGCACUUGAGAGGCAGAGAGACGAAUCUCUGAGCUGGAGGCCAGCCUGGUCUACAUGAAAAGUUCCAGGACAGCCAGAGCUACAAAGACAGACCCUGUCCCCCAAAAAACCCCCCAUAAGACAAAAACCAAAACCCACAAACUCAAAAACCAACUCAGUUUAGUUGCUGAAAUAACACAUCUUUUGCUAUAAUAUAUUCAGUAUUUCAGGGAAACAGUUUGACAAAACUACUUCUGUGAAUCAGGUGCAUCUUUUGAGUGCUUUUAAUAUGCAUGCUGCAGAAAUGUUUUAGAAGUAUUCUUCACCAACUCUUUACUCCCAAUACCAAGGCAGCUGUUGCUACUGGGACAAGUGCCAUUUUACAAGACUGAAGUAUUCAGGAAUUAAUAACCUGUCCAUGGACAGGGUAAGUAACUGGAAAAGCCAAGCUAAGAGCCAUAGGCAGGGUAUGGUGGCACAUUCCUGUAAUCUAGCAUUCAGGGGCAGAUGCAGGUGGAUCUCUGUAAAUCUAGUCUAUGUAGUGAGUGCUAGUACAGUCAGCUACAUAGGGAAACCCUGCCUGAAAACAACAGUAAAAAAUCAGAUGAAGUAAGAUUUGAACCCAGGAUAUCUAUCUGGCUUCAGAUUCCAUCUCUGUACUUAAGGAAAAAUGAUUAAUUAAUGAUAAUUAGUAUGGAAGUAGUAGCAAUUUAUUUUUAUUUUUGUCAAGACAGGGUUUCUCUGUGUAGCGCUGGCUAACCUGGAACUUGCUCUGUAGACCAGGUUGGCUUUGAACUCAAAGACCCAACUGCUUUUGCAGGGAUUAAAGGCAUUUCCAGAUAUAAUUUAUUAAUGGUUAGUUUACAAGGUUAAUCUGCUCUUUAAAAAAAAAAUCACAUUCCCUUAUCUCUGUUUGUACAAAUGUUAAGUUGGGUGCCAUAGUGUAUAUAUGGAGGGCAGAGGACAACCAUGAACAUGUUUUCUCAGGUGCUAUCCAUUUAGAUUUUGGAGACAGGGUCUUUCUUACUGGCCUGGGGCUUACCAAUUCUCCAAGGAUCCCAGUUUCCACUGGACCAAAUUGCUUAGCUCCCUCCAAUCCCCUUUAAAAAACAAACAAAAAUAUGUGUCCUUGCAAACAAACAAUUCUUCAAACUUUACCAGCCGUGCCAUUGUCAUUUUAUUUACAACCCUACCUGAAAUGAAACAAUCGCAUUGAAGUUUUUUCACUGAAAUACUUGAGUGCAGGCACAGUAAAUAGAUUAGCUGCAGAAGUGUCUAUGGCACUUUUUUCGCUAGUACACACUUUUGACUUAGAUGUCAUUAACUUUAAAGUAAAAACCCCCGGAAGUAUAGAAUCUGAUUCUGUUUUACAAUCUGUUUAAGGAACAAACAGCUUUUCUUUGGUGGAGUCACGAGAUAAAGUGCUCACAUGAGUAAGUCACCACCGCUUGAAACAAAUGCGAAUGCUUGUACCAAAUGGGUAGGGUUAGUCUUUUCCAUUCCCUGGCACAAGUGAUUACUGUGCUGCUUCAUUGUUCAUCCUUUCAUCACGAAUGCACCACUGUGCAUUCCCACACAUAAAGUCCUAGAAAACUUUGGACUGUGGUUGGAAAUCACCAUGCAGUUAGUGUUUAAAACCCUGCAAACCUCCUCACAUACAAUAAUAAGGUCCAUGGAGGCGGGUCCAACUCUUUUUGUCUUAAACAUUUUCAGAUGCUUCUACUAGGGUUCAAAGAACUGAUCCACAGUGUUGAGCAUUUACUGAAGAUUCAAGUACUGGAGCUGUGUUUAUCUUUGGAACAGAAUCAGAAAGUGUUCUGCAGAAACUUGAGUCAUUUCCACAUUUUGUCUACAUGUCCUCAUAUUAAAUCCUCCCUGUGCUCUGAA